AUGAUCGUAUCAGGUGCCCUGGCACAACAUACAAUACCGAUAAUUCAACAAUGCCCACAGUUAGUCUCAAUUUAUAUUUUAUGUGGCAAUCAAUCAAUUCAUGAGGAAUGGGCCAAAACAAUACCUAAGGUAAAAGGUAUAUACACACAAAUCGAACCGAUUUGUAAAGCAUUACAAAUCGAUCAAGAAAAUUGUGAUCGAGCUAUGAUCUCGAUAAGUUUUAAUAGAAUUGAUCCAUUAUUUAUGUAUACACAAUUGUUAAAAGAAGCACUUUUGCAAAUUGAAGAUGAUGAUGCAAAAUCGAUUAAGGAACUUCUUGAAUACUGUCGUCUUCAAAGCGAUGCUUCCGAAAAAACACUUGAAAAGAUUGAAGAAGAAUAUCGUAAUCAUUCACCCAUUUGGUGGUACACAGGUCCAUAUUUUAUCUACUCAAUGCUCAAUUGUGGUCUUCGACAAAUGGAUGUCGAUAUUAUUCUGAAGAUGGGCUUCUUCAUCCGACAUCUACAUCAGCAUAUUACCGAACUACAUCGCGAACAAAAAGCCAGCAUGCCAGCAAAAUUUCAAGUCUUUCGUGGACAAGGUUUGUCCAUGGAAGAUUUUGAAAAAAUGAAAAAAACCAAAGGAGGACUUAUGUCCUUCAACAAUUUUCUGUCGACAAGUCGCAAUCGUGAGAUAUCUUUCAACAACUUUGCCCGACCAGCAGCAUUUAAUCCAAAUUCAGUUGGUAUUCUCUUCGUUAUGAACAUUGAUACGGCUAUUUGCUCGAAAUCCUCAACACCAUUUGCUGAAGUAACUAACAAAAUUGGCUUCUUUGAAGACAAGGAAGAAGAAAUACUUUUUACAACACAUGCGAUUUUUCGUAUCGAUCGCAUUGAACGAAUUCACGAUAACCACUCUGAUCGGCUAUACGAAGUCACUCUCACUAUUGUGGGUAAUGACAAUCAUGAAUUGAACACACUUACAGCACAUCUGCGAGAAGAGUCCACUUGGGCAACAGGAUGGGCUCGAUUUGGUCACAUACUUAUUAAACUUGGUGAGCCUGCAAAAGCAGAACAUCUCUGUUUAACAACUUGGUCAACACUUUGCUUGUAUUUGAUUGAUUUUUAUAAAAUAUAA